AUGGCAAACGGAACCGGUACUAUCAUGUUAAAAUGUGUCGUUGUGGGAGACGGUGCAGUGGGGAAAACGUGUCUUCUGAUGAGCUAUGCCAAUGACGCUUUUCCAGAAGAAUAUGUCCCAACUGUCUUUGAUCAUUAUGCAGUGAGUGUCAAUGUCGGAGGAAAGCAGUACUUGAUGGGGCUGUAUGACACUGCUGGCCAGGAGGACUAUGAUCGACUCAGACCGUUGUCCUACCCGAUGACCGACGUUUUCCUUAUCUGCUUUUCUGUGGUCAACCCUGCCAGUUUCCAGAAUGUACGUGAAGAAUGGGUGCCAGAGUUGCAGGAAUAUGCGCCGAAUGUCCCUUACUUGCUCAUUGGCACCCAGAUUGACCUACGUGACGACCCAAAGACCAUUGCCAAACUGAAUGAUAUGAAGGAAAAACCUAUCGUGACCGAGCAAGGCCUGAAACUGGCAAAGGAGAUUGGUGCAUGUUGCUAUGUGGAGUGUUCAGCACUAACCCAGAAAGGACUGAAGACUGUUUUUGAUGAGGCCAUCAUUGCCAUUUUGACUCCCAAGAGAAAGAAGGGAGCACUCAAGAGAAGACUGGGACCCCGUUGUAUUAACUGCUGCCUGAUCACAUGA